AUGUCGCCAAAGUGUCCAGUGCCGCCGCUUCAAGAUAUCUCAUUGUCUCUAGUGGCGAGACAAUUGAUCUACGCCCUGUCUCAAGUUACUUCGGAAGAAGAUACGGCGCUACCUUUCAUGUUGGUCUCAUCAUAUUAUGAGGUCAUGGGCGCAACAAGUGACAUUUUCCAAGAUCUCGUCAACUUAAUACUCAGUUCCGAAUACUUAGAUCCGUCUAUUAGAUAUUAUACAAUGCGUUUGCUGCUCAAAGAAAACGUCAAAAGUUUAGCUACAGGGAUGUUCCCCGUUCCCUAUUAUAGAAAAGUCCUUGAGCUCAUUGCGGAACAAGGUCACCAUCUCACUUCUCUGAAUCUCAAAGGUGUAUGGGUUAAGGAUGAACAUCUUUCACUCAUGUAUCAAAUACUCAAAAAUACACCUAAUUUGACGUGUCUGAACAUCCCAUAUAUUGCUAACGACGAAGUGCUCAAAUAUAUUGGUAAAUAUAAUAAAGUGCUGAAGUUGUUAGACAUUUCUGGUGAAACUGACGUUACAGAGAUUGGUAUAGACGCCAUGUUAAAAGGAAAUCCUCAAUUGACACAAAAUCUGACUGUUGUUAAUAUAGGAAUGUAUGGCGAAGAAAACGUUGAUCACACGGAUGUAGCCUUAUUAAUACGGAGAUUACCAAACCUCACUAAUCUUGGCAGUUACUCGUUUGUUGGUAAAUCUAUUUAUCACAUUUACAACACAGACUGUCCGCCAGGCUUCAAAACAACCUUACAAUACAUGCACGAUGUGCAGACGAAUAUGAGGACGAUGAAAGCCAUUCUGGCUUUGUGUCCAAUGCUAGAAACAAUUUAUUUGGAAGAGCCUGACCAUGGAGUGUUACAGCAGAUCAAAGAAUUAAACAACAUCAAUAAAAUUAAGUUGAACAAAUUUCAAUGCCACGAACUCCAUCAGUUGUUGGAUAAAGUUGGUCACAAAAUUCUGACAUUGAUGCUAUCUGGGUCUUCUGGUUCAUUUAACUUUACCAGAAUAGCGGAAACAUGUAGAAAUCUGGAAACCAUUGAAUUCUUUCAAUUGCAAACAGCAACACAUGAAGAAGAGAUACCGUUAAACAAAUUAGAACACAUAGAAAUUAUAGGCGGUAAUUUGUCGACAUCAUGUCUUAAGUACCUUAUAACCAAUAGUCCAAAGUUAAAGAAAUUGAUAAUUGGUGAUGAAAUCAAACUUGAUGACAACGAUAUGUCACGCAUGCUUCAUCGAUACAAGUUCGAGAAUCUAGAAGGUAUUUGGUUUCCAAACGCUCCACGUCUGACCCUGGCCACAGUGGAACUUCUAAUGGAGUGUUGCCCAAAGUUACAAAGUCUAGGACAACUCAGCGGCUGGCGAUUCACUCCAGACGAAAUGAUGUUGAUGAGAGCAAUUAUUGCUAGUACAAAUACGGACUUGGUAUUAUCACCACUUGGUAUAUUCCAACAAGGAAACUAA